AUAAGGAAUAUUUAUUUUAAAUAAAAAUUUUCAAAAGGAUUAUUUAUACAGUUUUUAUUCAUCAUGCACCGUAUUAUAAUUCUACUUUAUAUCUUAUAUUAUUUGGAAUUUAUAUGUGCCAUAUUGAUUCAAGAUCAAAAAGUUCCUAAUACACCAUUUGGUUAUAUUUAUAAUAAACCAACACCAUCACAACCAGUAACAAUAUUUCCAUCUUAUCAGACACCAUUACAAUCACAUCCAUUAUCAUUUUUCCCAACAUCAUCGACUACAUCACAAAUUCAAUCAUCAAAUCAAUUUCAUAUUGGUCAUAUACCGCAAUCAAUUCAUUUAGAUAUACCACCAGCUGUAUUAAGUAAUUUCUUUUCAAAUUCUGAUCAACUUAUUGUAACCGAAAAUGGACGAUUAAUAAGACCAUAUGAAGUAAUGGAAAGAAUAAUUGGAGAUCUUGAACAUCCACAUCAAUUAUUAGGACCAUCACCAUUACUUGUUGAUAGUUUUGUAUCAAAAUUUAUUGCACAAAAUCCAAAUUUAUCAAGACAAAUAUUGCAUCCGAUAACAACAGGACAUGGUCCAAUUGCAUUAGGUUCCGGAUCAUUAGGUUAUAUACAAUUGAGAAAUGGUGAAGCACAAUUAGGUUCCGGUUCUUUAGGAUAUAUAAGUGGUCAACAAGCUAGUAGAGCUUUACUUGAUGCUAGAACAAGAAAAGCUUUACAACCACCGGGACCAUUACAAUUUGGUCAUUCAUUUCGAAAUUAAUUUGAAUUUCAAUUGAUUUUUAAUUGAUAUUUUUAAAAUUAACAAAAUUAUUUUCUUUUGUUUUUGUUUGAAAAAAAAAAUGGCAGAGUUUUAAUUAAAGCUAUAAUUAAGAAUAAAGCUAAAAAGAUGAAGAAUGCAAACGAACUAGGUGUAAAAACAAGAAGGAGAGGAAUGAACAUUGUGUAGUAACAUAUAUGAGUGCCAUUAUUUAGCAGAGUUAGCAAAUUCUAUAGUUCUCUAUUUAUUUUCAUAAAUCUAUUUCAUCUAUACCUUAAAGUGAUGCAGUGUAAUUAUUCAAAUUUUAUUUGGUCACCAUGCAUUUUAAUUCUACUACAAAAAUGUUUUAAAUUUAUAAGUAGAAAAAAA